AUGACUGCGGACAACACCAUCACCCCGGAGGCCAUUGUCUCCCAGAACGGCUCUUCAAAUGGCCAGCCCCGGACCAAGAUCUGCGUCUACUGCGGUGCUGCCCCUGGUGCCAGCCCUGCUCACAUUGAAGCCGCCCGCGCCCUGGGGAGGGCCAUGGCCGCAAACAACAUCGAUCUAGUCUAUGGAGGUGGCACCGUCGGCCUCAUGGGCGAGGUUGCCAAGACUCUCUGCUCAAUCAAUGGCCCAGAGUCUGUCCACGGCAUCAUCCCCGAGGCGCUCGUCAAGUACGAGCGGGACGGCACCUAUGGUACCGUCAACAAGCACAACCACAUUGUCCCUGAAGAGUCCGUCUACGGCCGGACAACUGUAGUCAAGGACAUGCACACGCGAAAGAAGCUCAUGGCUGAGGAGGUCUUUGCCGGUGGCCCCGGUAGUGGCUUUGUCGGUCUGAGCGGUGGCUUCGGCACCAUGGAGGAGAUCUUUGAGACCACCACCUGGAACCAGCUUGGCAUUCAUAGCCGUGGUAUUGUGCUCCUCAACAUUGAGGGCUACUGGGACGGCAUUGUCCAGUGGAUGGACCGUGCCGCCCAGGAGGGCUUUGUCAAGCCCGCCAACAAGAAUAUUCUGGUCACCGCUGACACCCCCGAGGGCGCCAUCCAGGCCCUACGCGACUACAAGGUGUCGGACGCCAUCUACCAGCUCCAAUGGGGUAACCAGUAG